GAAGGGGCGGUCGCUCAUACGUUGGGGCGCAAAGAUCCACCUGUUCCAGCAACUCCCAAGGGGCGGUAAUGGGGUCAGCCCCAGGUUCUGAACAGCAAGGGCCGAGAACUAGAAGAUACAAGAUGCUGAGGAGGCGAGAAGAUCCUGAAGAUGGAGAGGGGGACCGUGACAGCCCUGUCUCAUGACUGGGGCCCAGCACCCCCAAGCACUGGUAUGCCCCCAGCACUUUCAGAGUUUCCCGCCCAAGGCAGCUCUCCGUGCGCCUCCCCGCUACACCCAGUUCUAGUCUGCCCCAUCCGGAUCAGGCGCCCCACUCUCUCGUUUCUGACUGUGCGUGUGUGUGAGAGGGGUGGAAGGAUGAAGGGCGAUGCCCCAGAGCAGUUCUAAAGAGGGGCCAGCUCCUUCUCAAACCCCCUCCCUCUCAUCAGCAGUCCUUCAAUCCCAACCUCACCCCUCCCUUCACUGCUCAUCUCUCUUGGGAGGAGAUCCAGGGCCACUUUCCUCAUCCCUUGGAGUUCCCUGAGAGGGGCACCCAGUAGCUUCAUAAUACCCCCAAAGCUUCAACUUCCCACCUUCCGCCAUUCUCUCUCUCAAAACCUGCCUUCAUCGUCUCCUUUUUGAAAAAAAGGAUCCCACUGAGUCUCAGGGGGUCAAGGCUGACUGACAACGAAUUCCACUUGGGAAGAAGGGACUCACGUUAGCAGGGAAGCAUGCUCGGCUCACCCUAAAGCAUGCAGCUCUAAUGGUGUGCUUUCAGGCAUGGGUGGAGGGAGCUUAACUCCCCUGGAGAAGGGGUCUCCUUUUCCCAUUCACCUCAGGGAACAGCUUGACGCAGAGCCUCACUCCCCACACGCAGGGGUGUACGGGGGUCCAGGAGCCUCCAGCUCCGGUCAGGCGCACCGAGGCUGACAUCUCGGUUUUUGGCUGCCCUGCGAGGACCACGCCGUGAAUAGUCGUCCGAGGGUAGGCGCGGAGCACAGCCGGAGCCAGCGCCUCCCGCACUCUGCUGACCGUGCACAGGCUGUCCUUGAGGCGAGAAUACUGGCUCGGGAGCGGAAGGGACAGAGUAGGGGAGUUCUCUGGAGGAUUGGAGGAAAGAGGCCCCAGCAGCCUACUUAGAAAUCUCUCCUUGGGAGGGGACAAGGGGUAGCCUUCAAUUUGAACGCGGAAGUGCUCGGGGACCCGACUUGUGGCGGCAUUUGCAUCACAAACGCAGUUCUUAUUUAGGUUGCCCGUUUAUGAGGGUUGGCUCGGAGACGACUGAUGGAGAUCAUAAGGGAACUUCGCUUGACAACCCACCGCCUUGCGUUGCCCUUGCGCCCCAGCGUGUGCACCGCUCCCACGCCCCCGUAGCUGAGGACCCGACUGAAUCCGAGAGGAUGGCGAGGCUGGGACCCGGGCAGGCUGGGCCGAGUUAAGGGCGGGGCCUGGCGGAAGGGGCGGGGGCUCCCAGGCUCCCAGGCGGGGCCUCCGCUGAAGGUGCGGAGCUCAGGGUGCCGAGAGCGCGGAGUAGAGCAGCGCCCACUGGAGAGAAGUGGGAGACAAGGAUCGCGCCGUCCUAGCCCGCCUGCCAGCGUCCACGCGUCUCCUGCAUCUUUACCCCUUCCCGGCCCUUGCCGGACGCGACUGGCGGCCAUGCAGCCCCGGGGUUGAGGCGGCCCCAUGGCGAAGCUCGCGUCCCCGCGGUCCUGGCAACGACGGCGCAUGGAGAACUUCCGUAAGGUGCGCUCCGAGGAGGCGCCGGUGGGGGGCGGGGCCGAUGGGGGUGGCCCGGGCUCUGGCCCCUUCGCGGACCUGGCGCCGGGAGCGGUGCACAUGCGGGUCAAAGAGGGCAGCAAGAUCCGGAACCUGCUGGCCUUCGCCACCGCCAGCAUGGCGCAGCCAGCCACACGCGCCAUCGUCUUCAGCGGCUGCGGUCGGGCCACCACCAAGACCGUCACGUGCGCGGAGAUCCUCAAGCGCCGCCUGGCGGGCCUGCACCAGGUCACGCGGCUGCGCUACCGGAGUGUGCGCGAGGUGUGGCAGAGCCAGCCACCUGGGCCCUCGCCGAGUCAGAAGCCUGGCGACCCAGCUACCAGUCUCAGUGUAGUUAAGAACGUGCCCAGCCUCGCCAUCCUACUUUCCAAGGAUGCACUGGAUCCGCGCCAACCGGGCUACCAGCCCCCUAACCCCCUUGCUGGCCCCUCUUCCCAGCCAUCCACGCCCACAUCCAAGAGGAGCCUAGGGGAACCUGCGGCUGGAGAAGGCUCCGCGAAGCGAUCACAACCUGAGCCAGGUGCUGCGCAAGAGGACUAGACAGCCUGAGAAUUCCCGGCUCUGGGCCACCUAGAUGGACCUUGAGACGCACCUUCAGCCUUUCAGGCCUCGGUACUCUGGAGCCCACAACCUGGACACAACUCCUCAGACUGGCAGCAUGGACCCCAAGGCGACAAGAGAGGGACCCCAAGGAAGCUUCGUGGGCUGGUUGCUCCUUCACCUGUGUUGCCUGAAGACGCAGAACUCCACCUUCAGCUUUUUUGAGCCAUACUGGGACCUUCUUCAGGAGGGAAUGGUGGGCAGGGGGACUCGAGCCUUGCUCAGGGACCCCGAGGGUUAAAGGUACCCAGCAUUCAGGUGGGGGCCUCUGAGUGUGGAAGCCCAGGAGAGCUCUUGUAAUCACCCCCACCACUAGCAGCAGAGGGCAAGGGCUGAGAAACUGCUUGAGGAGAGGGGAGUCUGAGUUGUGGGGGGGCACUAUUCUGCCCCUCGCUCCAGAACACAGUUCCCUUUCUAGUUUUCCUUCCCCUACUUUUAAGGAGCAUCCUGAAAUCGUGGCAGGGGCAUCUCCAUGGCCUCUAGCUCUUUUAACAAGCCCCCUACCCCCGGCUGGCUCAGAGGGAGAGACCCAGGACAGAAGUCUCCAUGCCUGCUCCCCUGAGCCCCACAGCUAGAGUCUUGCUUCCAAUAAAACAAAUGCAAAAAUGGCUCUUUCCCCAGGUUUUUUCCUAACCACUGUGCAGAGACUGCUCUGGCCUACCCCCUUGUGUCUCAGUCCUCUCCAGCUUGGAAUCCUUAGCUUUUGGUGUCUUCAGGGUCAGGCACAAAGAUUGGAGAGCUUCAAAAUGGUGCAAGGGACACAUUGGCUAGUUCCUGGCUUUUCCCUAUCUCCCAGCCCUUGCUGGCUGGUUCUAGCCUCAGGGGCUUGUGGCCCAAAGGGUGCCUUUGUCCCCUUGUGCACUACCUCUAAGGGAAAUGGAGCAGCACAUUGCUUUUCUGGGAGGGGAAGGAAGCCGAGCAUUGAUGAACUCUGCUGAGGGACACUGUCAAGGGUGGCAGACCCCACUGGGGUCCCUAAACCUGCAGCCUCCUGCCAAUAGACAGCCUUAUUCAGAAGGCUGGCACAACCCCACCCCCCGAGCCCCAUGGUAGGAUCUCCCCUUCACUGCUUUCUCUCAGAAAGGACAGCACACCCUUGGAGAGGGGAGGAGAGAGACUGAGCACAAAUCCACUGCUGGAAAUUACUAUUCAGCAGAGAAGCUGGGACUUGGGCUGUGAAUCACUGCAGGCUCCCUGAUAAGCUGCUGCCUGCAGCCCUGCACAGCUGUCUGUGGAAAGAUAACAGCCUCAUAAGCCGCGCUGCCCAACUCCAAGUCAACUGGGGGGAGUAGGGGGAAGUGCUGUGUGCUGGAAGAACUCUAGCAAGUGAAGGAGGGGCACAUAGCUCCAGGAUCUCAGAAGCAGAGCCCACCCAAUGCAACUCGACAGCACCCCUGGAAAGGAGAUAGGGAAAAAUGUAAGUCACUUUGCUGGCAGAACCCUGAAAUAAAUUCUGCUGGUGACAAGAGUAGGUUUCUGCAGCUGACAGGAGGGGCCCUUCAGGGAGUUGUCCCCCACCCCCUUGUCUGCUUAAGCUUUUGAUCAGUGAGCCCUGUCAUCUAGAAUCUGACACUGAUCACGCUCCUCAAUUUCUUGUUCUUGAUGAGUCCCUGGGGAGAACCAAGGGUUUUUGAGUGUGCUUCUCUGACCCUCGCAGGGGCAGCCCAAGAAGAAUAGAGAGAAUGUAAACUCUCCGGACAAGUAACGUGCUCUGGGCCUGUCCUGGGUUUCCAUAUGUAAAGUAAAUGAUAAAACUUGGAAGAGGUCCUGCAUGGUAGAAGCUUAAAGGAGACUGGUCUUGAUUCUGGAAAAGGGCCAACCUUCCAAGGCCGUUAGUGUCUGAAGUCCUGAUUGCUGGUUCACGAGGACUAUGCAGGCAGAGGCUUUCUCUUGAUGGCUUGAGUCAGACAUCAGAGGAAAUGCCUCAUCACAACUGUUCCAGGAUGAAGGCUCUGGGCUGCAACAGGAAGCCCAUAGGCUGAUGGACUAGUGAUGAUGAUCCGUGAGGCAUCUGAAGUCCAGCUACUGCUUCUCCAGAGGGACAGAAAAGCAUUUCGGGGCAGAAGAUGGUAAGAAGAGACAAAAGACCUUGAUGGCCUUGGGCAAGAUCCAGGAUGUCUGGUCUGAACUCAUCAGGGAGGGAACACCCACCAGAAGCAGCAGAAUGGCCUGGAGGUUGGAGGCACAACUGGAGGCAGACCUGGGAACAAGCAGUGGCCCCUGUAAGUGAUGUGGUAGGGGGGAUUCAGAGAUGGUCUCCAGGAUUCAUGCCCCCUGGUGUACAUGCCUUGUAUAAUCAGGGCGGAAUCUGUGAAUUUGAUGGGAUAUCAUUCCCAAGAUUAGGCUACUAAUCCAUUUACUUUGAGUCAAUCAGAAGAGAGGUUACCUUGGAUAUGCCUGACCUGUGCCUGAUCAGAUGAAGUCUUUAAAAGGGUGAAGUGUCAGAGAGACACUCUCCUGCUAGCUUGAAGAAAUAAGCUGUGGGAUUGUGAGAGGGCCUAUGGAGGGGGCCAUUUGGUAAGGCCCAGGAGGUGGCCUCUAGGAUCUGAGAGUGGUCCUUGACUAACAGCUAGCAAGAAAAAAUGGAGACUCAGUCCUACAACAGCAAAGAACUGAAUUCUGCCAGUGACCUGAACAAGCUUGGAAGAGGACUUUGAGUUCCAGAUGAGACCACAGACCUGGCCAACAUCUUGAUUUCAGUCUUGUGAGACCCUGAGUAGAGAACCAGUAGAGUCCAUGCGUGGACUUCUGACCUGCAGACACUGGGAAAUAAUAAAUGAGUGUUGUUUUA